AUAUUUCUCGGCUUAUUACCAAAGAUUCCUCCUUUCCUGCUGCUGUAUCCACUCCGAAGCCCGAAGGCCUUACUCCCCCGCACGCGGAUGGACGCCGCUGCAGUCCUUCUCCCCUUCCGUCCUCCCGAAUGCACCCUCCGGCGACGCCGAACCAGCGCCGGUGUCCCACCUCGGCUCCGUCGUGCUCUUCGUCGGCCGCUUAUCUUUGGUGAUCUCCUGCCCACCUCUUUUCGGUCCAGAGGAUGUGACUUGUAUCGUCGUAGAGGCAUGCAUAUUAGACGAAAUGCAACUGGGAAGCUGUUGUGCAGCCAAGUGAAAUUGGAGGAUGAUCUUGAUGAUGAAACAUGUGAACUCGUCAGUGGAGUUGAUCUUGUUAUAGGGGAGGAUCAGGACAGUAUUUCUGCAUACUUAUUGAAGGCAGUCAAGAAUAACAAUGGAACAGGCGUGCUGCUUUUGUCCGAUGUAUGUGGUUUUGAAUAUCCACCUACAAGGGACUUUGCAUAUCAAGUGGCUUGCCAUGGUUUCAAUGUUUUGGUCCCUGACUUGUUUCGUGGGAAUCCAUGGAAGAAAGGCUGGACAGUUGACAGAUAUGAGCAUUGGUUAUCUGAACAAUUAUCAGAAAGGGUGGCCAGAGACAUUGACACAUGUGCAAAGUGGAUGAUCGAUGAAUUCAUGGCAGCUGGAAUAUCAAAAAAGCUUGGCAUAAUUGGCUUCUGCUUUGGUGGUGGACAUUUAAUUAAGGCCUUGGCUCGUGAUGAGCAGGCAUAUUUUGGCACUGGUAUCUGCUUCUAUGGAGCUAACAUAGACCCCUCCAAAGGGAGCAACAUCAAUGUUCCAGUCUUGUUUAUUUGUGGGGAUAAUGACCCCUUUUGUCCUGUCAACACCUUGCAUCAGAUCGAGAAGAAUAUUCAAAGUUCAAAGGUUGUAAUCUAUCAUGGGAGAGGUCAUGGGUUUGCUCAUCAACCAGAAUCCGAGGAAGAUGAUCAAGCUGCAGAGGAUGCAUUUGCCAUCAUGAGGAAUUGGUUGCAUGAUAAUUUGCUCGUAAGCAAGAACUAGAUUAUGUAUCACUAGCGGGAAAUUGGUUUUCUGUACAACAAGCUGCUAUUUCUCUUGUAUUUCAUGUUUGAUUCGAAUUCAAGUAUAUAUUGGUAAUUUGUGACUGUUGAAUGA